CUUAGGGAAUAUCCAAAGUUUUUUAUUUUCAAUUUUACCUAGUCUAGUUCUAGAUCUAAAUGUUACAGCUUCAACGUAAAGAACCGUAAAUCUAUAAUAAUAGAAAUCAUGAGACCUGCUAAACAAGUUAAAGUUAUUACUUCACAGCUGGAAGUAUUUCAGGACAUGCAAACCCAGCUUCAAAAUCUUUUAUCUUAUAUCAGUGAUAUUAUACAGAAAGGCGUAUCCUGGAUUGAUGGCGCAAGAAAUGAAAGUUAUGUGGAAAUAAAUCAGUAUCUGGCCAGUGAAACAUCUGAAUGCAUCAAAAGAUGUUCAGCUAUACCUGAUAGUGAUGAAGCUUUGUUACAUGAUUCAGCAUCUAAUGAAAAUGCAAGCAAAGAGUAUACAUUAAAAUCAUUUUCUAACCUACCAGAAACCAAAGAUUAUGUGCUGCUUACAGAAAAAAUGGAAACAUUAGAAAAAACUAUUAGUUCAUAUUCCAAAAAAAUGAAAGUCGUGCAACAAAAGUUCCUAGACAAUGAAGAAGAAAUAAAUAUCAAAAUUUGUAGACAGGUGGGAGAAACAGAAAACAAGUAUGAUCUGAAAUUGCAAGAAAUUAUGAAAGAACUUCAUUCUGCCAGUGAUUUUAUGUUGCAUCUACAGGGUCAGAAUGAGAUUUUGUCAGGUCAAGUUAAUAAGAAUGAGAAACAAACGACUGAUAUCUUAACAAGUAUAGAAAGUGUACAAGAAAAGCUUUCACAAAUAGAGCAACAAUCAGCAUCAAGUUGUAAUCAGAACGUAUCUGGAGAGAAUGUUAGAUCAAGUGAAGCUGAUGAUAUGUCUGUGGUAAAUACAAAGCUCAAAGCAUUAAGUUCUCAUUAUGAAAUGUUGUCUAAUAAGAUUAUGGAACAUUCUCAGGAACUUCAAAACAUAAGUGCUGCUAAUAGAGUGAUGCAAGAACUAGAGAGAGAUAUCAAACUAUUUGAAAGAAAAUACCAUCAGUCCAAUGAAGAAAUGAAGCUAAAACUUCAGACUGCAGAUAAAAAAAUUUUAGGUCAUCAAUCAGCAUCUGAAGCUCUGACAACUACUGUGGAAGAAUUGAAGAAAACUUUGAAGAAAACUACGGAAAUGCUGAAUUCUUUAAAGAAAGAUCAUGUAGAGCUGUCUCAUCAGUUGUCAGCAUUAAAAUCUUCGACUAAUAAAAGUUGUAACAAGCAAGGAAAUAAGACUAAUGUCUUAGAAAAUAAAAUGACUUCCCUUGAUAGCAAGACUCUCAACAUUUCUAGUCAAGUAAAUAAAUUGUCUAAAGAAAUUACUGAAUUGCAAAACAAAACACCACCAGAAGCUUUCUGUGCUCAACUAGACGGACGAGACGAUGGUUUAAAAACUAGAAGUCUUAAAAAAAGUGAGAUAGUGACAUUUUUUAAUAGAAUUGUUUGUGGGACUAAACUAUUUGCCACCAACUACGACAUAUCUACAGGAAUAUAUACAGCACCUUACGAUGGGGUGUACCUAGUUGGUCUGAUGGUGGAAACUUUAAAUGAUGUUAACAUUGUAUUCCAUGUAUACAGAAAAAUACCUGCAGCAACAGAAGAGUUACAAUUCUUUUGUUCAAGUUUCAUCCAAAAUAAAUUAGGCUGUUCAGUUGCCCCUGUAUAUUUGACCAAGGGUAACCAACUCUAUGUAAAACCCCAAGAGGACUUUUCUAAUGUACAAUUGGGGUCGAAUUCUUUUUUUAUGUGUGUUUUAGUAAAUAAACUAUAAAACUAUAUAAUUUUA